AUGAAGAUUGCUAUUAUUGGUGGUGGCAUCGCUGGGUGUGCUGUAUAUUUGGAGCUACAAAAGCAUCUACCGAAGCCCCAUGAAGUUAAACAGCACGAAAUUGUCAUAUAUGAGCCAUAUGACAUGGACAUUGAUACCACCGCUGAGAGGAGAUCAGCAGAUAUCACACAUUCCUCAACACUUCUCGUUGGUGGGGGACUCGGCGUUGCCCCCAAUGGACUGAGAGUGCUGAGGCGCCUGGAUGAAGGGUUACUGAAGGAUGUCGUGCGAGGAGGAUACGUGACAGCUACUUCCAACAUGAAGAACAAAGACUCCUGGCCACUUCUCUCUAUGAGUAGCUCAUGUGCGGAAGGUGUCACCCAAGACGGGCGAAGUCUACAUAUGGUUGCCACCAGUCGCCACGCAUUUUGGCGAGCAUUAUGUACACGCAUCCCGCCGCACGACAUCAUCAACAAGAGAAUUUCCCGAGUUUUCGCCAACCCCAAUGGAAGGAACUUUGUGGAAUUUGCGGAUGGGAGCCCCUCUGUGGAAGCUGACUUGGUUAUUGGCGCGGACGGCGUUAAGAGUACGGUAAAGAAGGCGCUCUUCCCUGAUGAUGAAGGGGAUUCUUACCCACCCCACUACGAGGGUCUUGUGGGGGUCGGCGGGUUCGUUCCCUCGGCGGAAAUCCAAGGUCUCGUUGAACCAGGGUCCAUGAAUUUCAUAUUUGGAGGCAAUGGUUUCUUCGGUUAUUUCUUUUCUGAAAGUGCAAAGUCUGCCCCGAACCGUGACUCGCCAUACCAUGUAUCCGAGCCUGGCGAGUCGCUGGCUUGGUGGUCGACAUACGAGGUCGAAGAGUGUCCGGAUCGUCAAACCCUCGACAUGGUCGACGUGACUCGACAGCUGCGCGAAAGACACGCCGAUUGGACGGAACCUGUUGUCCAAAAGAUCAUCGGAUCUCUUCAUGUUGAAAACAUGUACCCUACCUGGACUGCUCCCACUCUUCCAACGUGGGAAAGGGAUGGGGUUGUGCUUAUUGGAGAUGCAGCACAUGCGCUCCCUCCCACCUCUGGACAGGGCUCUUCGCAGGCAUUGGAGGAUGCCGAGGCGCUUGCUCUAUUCCUGGCACAAUCCAUGCACGGUAUUUGUGGCAAUGGAAGUAAAGUCGCUGCCGGUACCCAGAAACAAGCUAUCAUCGCAGCUACAAGAUCCUAUAUGGCCAUCCGUCAACCACGAGUCAGGGAGAUCUUGGAUUUUGCCAGAAAGACCCAGAACAACAAGCGCCAAAUGGGACGAAUCAAGGAGUACUCAAUGUACGCUUUUAUGAAAGUGAUUGGAUUGUUUCCAAACUUAAUGGCCAAUCCGAUCCGCAAGGUCAAUGAAUACGAUGUCGCGGAGCAUGUCGCCCAAUACAUUACCACUGGGCAUUGA